AUGGUGUUUCGGCUUAUCACCUGGAACGUCAACGGCAUCAGGAACCCUUUUGGUUAUCAGCCUUGGAGAGAAAAGAGAACCUUCCAAGCUAUGUUCGAUAUCCUUGAAGCAGACAUUGUUGUUAUGCAAGAGGCCAAGAUACAACAAAAGGAUCUUCACGAUGACAUGGUCCUCGUCCCUGGAUGGGAUGUCUUCUUCAGCUUGCCCAAGCAUAAGAAAGGUUACUCUGGUGUCGCCAUCUACACUCGAAAUUCAUCGUGCGCCCCAAUAAGAGCUGAAGAAGGCAUCACUGGCAUCUUGACACCUCCAAAGUCUACAAUCAGAUACCGAGACCUCCCUGAAGACCAGCAAAUUGGUGGCUAUCCUCGACCUGACCAGCUUGACGGAAUUGUUGAUGAGGCAACACUUGACUCUGAAGGUCGUUGCGUUGUUCUCGAGUUCCCUGGUUUCGUGCUCCUCGGAGUGUACAGUCCCGUAAACCGCGAUGAGACUCGUGACGACUUUCGCAUUGGCUUCUUCAAAGCACUCGACGCCAGGAUACGGAACCUGAUCGCUGCAGGCAAGCAGGUCAUUCUCACUGGCGACUUAAACGUUGUUGGCUCCGCACUUGACUCUACCAGUGUUUCGGAGACACUACGUAGAGGCGAAGUUGAUCUUAGCGACUGGUUGAACUCCCCUGUGCGGCGCGUCUUCAAUCAUCUCGUGUUUGACGGGGACGUAGUAGGCCAGAGAGAUCAAGGCCGUGAAACACCUGUUCUCUGGGAUUUGUGUCGCUGCUUUCACCCUGAGCGAGCUGGCAUGAACACAUGCUGGGACACCAAACGAAACACACGACCUGCCAACAACGGCAGCCGGAUCGACUACGUUCUAUGUAGCGAUGGCAUCAAGAGCUGGUUCAACUUCUCCAACAUUCAGGAGGGCUUAAUGGGAUCCGAUCAUUGCCCAGUCUUUGCGACCUUCUCAGAUAAGGUGACAGUGGGAGAUGAAGAACGUGCCUUGAUGGAAAUGGUGAACCCCCCUGACAUGGUCCAGGGGGAGGGGCGUCUUCGAGAUUGGAGCACAAAGGAUCUGCUUCCUUUGUCUGCAAAGCUAAUUCCAGAGUUCGACCGCCGGCGGAGCAUCCGCGACAUGUUCACAAAGAAAGCAACCCCAGCCGUCCCUCCACCAGAAUCUACGAACACGGACACGCCUGCAGAGUUCUCAAUGAACGGAAAUAGCAGCACACAAGCCUCAACAUCGAAAUCGGACGAGACUUCAUGGUCACAAGCCAGCACUACAUCUACGUCAAGAUUAAGUGAGACCGUCAGCCCCGCCAAACCCUCCAUGUCUCAAUUGAACACCAAGAGAACUGUGCCAGCCGCAGACACAACGAGCCGAUCGUUCAAAAGGUCCAAGUCUUCAACAAGCGCGAGCGGCAACAAGAGUAAAGCUGCAACAGGCCAACGAACAUUGCAGGGAUUCUUCAAGCCAAAAGCGCCAACAGCCCAAGAUGGCAAGCUAGAAGCUGCGGCGGCAAGUUCUACGCCCCCUCUGACAAAGAAACCGACAGCAACAGCAAAAGUGUCGGCUAGUCCGCAGCAACCAUCGAAUACCCCGCUUGCGACGCUUCCAGAAGGAUCACAACCAACGCUCUCCCUGCGCGGCAACGACUCCGACACUUCCGACAGGGUGUUCGACCCCAUCGAAGCCAAAGAGUCGUGGUCCAAGCUGCUGGGGAAGAGGGUUGCACCAAGAUGCGAACACAGCGAGCCCUGCAUCAGUCUCACUACCAGGAAGCCAGGAGUCAACUGUGGUACGUUAUACAGCGGCGGCUGA